CGCUGAGGCAGACGGCGUGGGUCUGGCGCUGGGGAACCUGGCGCGUGCGUAGCGGGCCCGUGGUGGCUCCAGACGCGCGGCGAUGCUGACCCCCGCGUUCGAGCUGAGCCAGGACCGCGACUUCCUCACGGUCGCCAUCCGCGUGCCGCACGCGCGCGCCUCCGAGUUCGACGUGUACUUCGAGGGGGUGGACUUCAAGUUCUACGCCAAGCCCUACUUUCUGAGAUUAACGCUUCCUGGAAGGAUUGUGGAAAAUGGAAGUGAGCAGGGGUCCUAUGAUGUGGAUAAAGGAAUUUUUACCAUUCGAUUGCCCAAGGAAACUCCUGGUCAGCAUUUUGAGGGGCUGAACAUGUUAACUGCUCUUCUGGCACCAAGAAAAUCGAGGUCUGCCAAACCACUUGUGGAAGAAAUAGGUUCUUCUGGAGUUUCUGAGGAAGGAGCUGAUGAUGAGGAUGCAGACUUUGACUGGGAAAUCGAGCAGACUCCCUAUGAAGAGGUCUCAGAAAGCGCUCUGCAAUCACAGUGUCACUACGGAUUUGGAAACCUGCGGGCAGGUGUGGUUCAGCGGUUACAGGAUGAACUGAGCGAGGUUAUUGAUAUUAAGGAUCCAGAUUUCACUCCUGCGACUGAACGAAGGCAGAAACGCCUGGCUGCUGAGCUGGCCAAAUUUGACCCGGAUCAUUAUCUAGCUGACUUCUUUGAAGAUGAGGCAGUCGAACAGAUUUUGAAGUACAAUCCUUGGUGGAAUGCUGCACAUGCAAAAAUGAUGGCCUCUUUGGGAAAGAGCCAAGAACAAGGAGAUGAUGCUGCAUUAGUGUCUUUUUCAGAUGAGGAAAAAUAUCAGCUACGAAAAUUUGUAAAUAAGUCUUACCUGCUGGACAAGACAGCUCACCGUCAAGUGUACUACAGUUUAGUUGACAUCCUUCUGGCCUAUUGCUAUGAAGUACGUGUCACUGAAGGAGAUCACAAUGUCGAGUCUGCGUGGACUAUCAGAAAGCUGAGCCCAACUCUCUGCUGGUUUGAGACUUGGACAGACGUUCCUGAAAUCCUGGUGUCUUUUGGAAGGAGAGUUUUGUGCUAUCCACUUUAUCGUCAUUUCAAGCUGGUGAUGAAAGCCUACAGAGACACCAUAAAGAUACUGCAGCUAGGUAAGAGUGCAGUUUUAAAAUGUCUCCUGGAUGUUCACAAAAUCUUUCAGGAAAAUGACCCAGCCUACAUUUUGAAUGAUCUCUACAUCUCAGACUACUGUGUAUGGAUUCAGAAGGCCAAGUCCAAAAAGUUGACUGCCCUUGCGGACACCUUGAAAGCAGUCUCCCUCAGCAAGGCCCAGCUGGGACUGGAGCUGCAAGAACUGGAAGCUGCCGCACUUCUUGUGCAGGAGGAAGAAGCUGCUGGAAGGGCAGCUCAGUGCGGCCCCGGGCAGCCAGCUGCAGUCUCCAGUCCUGAGCCCAGUGACUCGGACAGCACCACAUCGUCUGACACGGAAGACUCAGCCUCAGAGCAAGAGGAGCUUGUUGGACCUCAGGCGUCACUGCUCACUGCUCUGCAAGCAGACAGCACCCUGCUCAUCCAGGAUAGAGAGCUCUGCAGACACGUGGCCAGCCAGGGGUGUGACGUCAGUCAGGGGCAGACACUGGCCUCUGCCCGGGCUCCUCUCAUAGAGGAAGUUGGAGAAGAGCUGAGGACCGUGCUUCAGGUUUCCACACCUGGUGACGAUGCUGGGAGCCCCAGCUGUAUGCAGGAUGGAGAGGGGAGGGGACGAGAGCCUCGUGAUUGACUCAAGUGGUUGGCUCGUUAGUGGCUGCUCUCAUGUAGGCAUGGGCUUUCUCAUUUCCACUGUGUACUUUUUCCCUUGUCUAUAUAGUAUAGUGCUUUUUAGUGAGCUAACAGUUAUACCUUUAAUUUUUAUACCUUACAACUUAGAAAAUAAAACCUAAAGGAUUCUUUCCAAGGUGCAAGUAAUAUUUUAAAAUGAAGACCAAAGUUCUACUAGGAAAAGCUCUAGACAGUGAUUCCCAACCUCCCUACUGCUGCGACUCUCAUGUAGUCCUUUGCGUUGUGGUGACCCCAGCCAUAAAACUUUUCUGUUGCCACCUCA